GGGAGAGUUUAGCUGCCAUUCUGGACUGGAUUGUAGUCUGGCAGCAUUUGGAACUGACCGAAGGCUGGGGCAGCUGUGAGAACAGCGCUUUUGGGGGCUUUCUUACUGGCAGGGUGACCUGAACUAGCUACUCCAGUCGGAAGCUUUUAGAGACCCAGGGAGCACCCCUGCGUGUUGGCCCGAUAGGUUUGCACACCUUUUGUUUGGGUAGGGUUAGUUGCAGCUCUAGAGAGCCCCAGAGGUCCCUAAAAACCAGGCAUGGGCUUUGGGGCGUUUUGUCUUCUAUCUUAGAGUACCUUCCCUUUUGUCUGACUCUGGGGUGGGGUGGGGGAGGUAGAGGAGCGGCAAUCUCCUUUCUUUGUCUGCAGGUUCCUUCUCUCUAACUUCCCUGCUCACCUAGAGCAGAGCCCUCAGAGAGAAGCUCCUUCUGUUUACUGUAGGGUGUUCAAAAGAAGAAAAUAAUUAGAAAAUUGUAAAGGCUGACCAUAGAAGUAGUUUUUCAGGAUUUUCUCAGAAAACACCGCCAACUGGGGGGUGAAUUGUAUUUUUUGUAGAGUUGCUCCAAAGAUUUUUUUUGUUGUUUAUUUGUAGGCUCGGUUGUUUUUAUUUUUGUUUUUGGGAGGAUGGCAAACUCAGGUCUUCAGCUGUUGGGGUUCACCAUGGCAGCUCUGGGGUGGGUGGGAUUGAUAGCCUGCACCGCGAUCCCUCAGUGGCAGAUCAGCUCCUAUGCAGGGGACAACAUCAUUACUGCCCAGGCGGUGUACAAGGGGCUAUGGAUGGAAUGCAUCAGCCAGAGUACGGGCCUCAUCAGCUGCAAGAUGUACGACUCAGUCCUCGCUCUACCUGCUUCAAUGCAGGCCACCCGGGCCUUAAUGGUUGUCUCCCUGGUUUUGGGCUUUCUGGCCAUGAUGGUAGCUGCCAUGGGCAUGAAGUGUACACGAUGUGGAGGUGAUGACAAGGUGAAGAAAGCUCGAAUUGCUAUGACAGGCGGUAUUGUCUUCAUUGUGGCUGGUCUUGCUGCCCUCAUUGCUUGUUCCUGGUAUGGACACCAGAUUGUAACAGAUUUUUAUAAUCCAUUGGUCCCUAUGAAUACUAAGUUUGAAUUUGGCUCUGCCAUUUUUAUUGGCUGGGCUGGCUCUGCCCUAGUUUUCUUGGGGGGUGCCCUCCUCUCUUGCUCGUGUCCAGGUAGUGAAGGCAAAGCAGGGUACCGGCCCCCACGGUCUUAUCCCAAGCCCAGUUCCGCUAAGGAGUAUGUCUGAAAGAGCUGGGUUUCCUAUAUAUGUCCCCUCACUCCAGCCCACCAAGGUCAGGGCUCUGAAAUAUAAUUCAAGACAGGAAUGAAUGAGGAGGAAACCAGAAGAGAAAUCUGAGCCAGUGGGGAAGGAGGGCAGAGUUCUCCAAGCCCUUCCAUCUACAAAUGAUUUAAUCUACCAAAAGCCAGGGGAAUGGGGAAGGGAAUAUGGGAAGUAAAGGGUAAGAACUGUUCUUUUUGUAUAAUAAUAAAGAAGUUUGUUUUGGA